ACUAUUUCUACAGCAUUUCAAGGAUUACAGAGGUGCGGCUCGGUUAAAAAAAUUCUGCAAGGCAGAAGCGUCACCUAAUCUGGCAAUUUUAGAUCAAGCAAAGCAGUGCUGUAAUCAAUUACAUGCGAGGCACAAUCAGUCAAUAAGUGGCAGGCAGUUUGCGUUUGAUCGAAUUUGAGUAGGAUUUUCUUAGUGUUUUUUCUUUUCUAGUUUUUUUUACAAUGGCAAAUUCACCAAACGACAAUGCGUUCUUGAUUAAAGACCUUAAAGCUGGAUUAAAAAAUAUUAAUUUGGUUUUCAUCGUCCUGGAAACUGGUCGUGUGUCUAAAACAAAGGACGGACACGAAGUGCGUUCCUGUAAAGUAGCUGACAGGACCGGAAGUAUCACCAUAUCAGUGUGGGACGAGGUGGGCAGCCUGAUUCAAACCGGAGACAUCAUUCGACUCACUCGAGGAUAUGCGUCUCUCUUUAAAGGCUGUCUUACGCUGUAUAUUGGAAGAACAGGAGACCUCCAGAAGAUCGGAGAGUUCUGCAUGAUUUUCUCUGAGACUCCAAAUUUCAGUGAGCCCAACCCAGAGGUGCUGGCUAAAAUAAACCAAAUAAACAACACCCAUGUAAAAACAGAGGCUCACGGCAGCAAUCCUUCUCUAGUGAAUCCCGUGCCACCUGCUGGACCUACAGUGAACGGCCAGGCUGUGUAUUCCUUUUCUGCUGGCUCCAGAGAGGGCUCUUUUGGUUCAGGUGGCCGUCAUCUGAACCGCAGCCAUUGGAACAGUGGCAGUGCUUUUUCGGCUUCAGGAGGAGGACAGGGCCCAAAACCUCCCGUCUCCGUCACCAAUGGACGCGACCCUCGCCGUGUGCUGAAGAGAUGAAGAGCAGUCUAUAUUGUACUUAUUUUUCUAUUUUUUUUUAUUCACAGCUGAACUUUUGAUUGGUGGUUGAAUAAAGUGUGUUAACAAUUCUUUGAUUUAUGGAUUGAUAAAACUUUGCUGAAUAAAGAUAUGGACGAAUAAA